AUGGCGCAGAGAUCGGGUUCGGCUGCGGAGGGAAGCAAGGGUGGCAACCUUGAUAAGCUGAUGCAGGAGCUCGCCCUGAGGGAGGAUGACCUUGAUGAUGUCGUCUUUGAGGAAGACGACGCACCACCGGAAGAGAACCUCCGGUGGAUGAUCUUGGCCCAUGUCCAUAUGGACAAGUCUUUCAACACAUAUUGGUUCUUUCGUAACAUGAAGUCAGCCUGGGAUCUAGCAAGGGGAGUCAAGAUCAAAACCCUAGAAGACAAUCUGUUUAUCAUGCAAUUCAAUUGUCUAGGGGACUGGGAGAGGGUAACCCACGGAGGGCCAUGGCACUUUCGGGGGAAUCCGGUGAUCAUUGUCCCGUAUGAUGGCUACUCCAAGCCUACAUCCAUAGAGCUCUUCAAGUUUGAGAUAUGGGCAAGAAUCAUUGAUCUCCCAAUUGCAUACCAUGGAAAAGUGAAGGCGCUGGCUGCUAAGAUCGGCGAGUUUGUUGACUCAGAACCAUCUUCCUUCGACUUUGAAGGGAAUUUUUACAGGGUGAGAAUCCGUCUCGAUGUUCGCAACCAACUCAAGAAGGCAACCUCCAUAGUUCGUGGGGGUCAGAGGGAGAUCUUUGCGGUGAAAUACGAGAGGCUCCCGGACUGGUGUCAGGUAUGCGGCAUGAUGGGACAUGAGUUUAAAGAACACGGAGACAGUGUGCAUCCCCCCUCGGUCUUAGUCUUCAAGAACCUAAGGGCGCCGGCAACAACUGCAUGGGGAACGAGGCGCCGUAACAAUGGUAAGAAACAGUCAAACCAAGGUGGAGGAGGAGAAAGCUCGGAUCUGGAAAAGGAUAGGAGUGCAAUGGAGGGGGAGGACAUGGAUAUGGAGGAAUCUGACCAGAACCGGAAGCGAUCUUCUAAUGUGGUGGCGGCUGCUGCCAUGGCAAUGGCUUCCAAGGGAAGCCUGGAGCUUGUACCAUCUGCUAACCAAAAAGGAGGAGCGGGUGUGGUCCCAAUGAGCCCGCCACCAAAGCAAGAUCCCCAGUGA